AUGUCCAAUUUCACGCCAUCGGAGCCCAUCGCAGUUGUCGGUAGUGGAUGUCGCUUUCCAGGGGGAGUGAACGGAGCUUCAAAGCUCUGGGAGUUACUUGUCGAACCAAGAGAUCUGCUACAGGAAAUUCCCAAAGAGCGCUUUGAUAGCGAGAACUUCUACCACCCCGACGGAUCACAUCAUGGGAGCAGCAGUACUCAAAGUUCGUAUUUCUUAUCAGAUGAUAUUACCAAGUUCGAUGCUCGGUUCUUUGGUAUCAAGGCAAUCGAGGCAGACGCCAUGGAUCCGCAACACCGACUCCUCCUCGAGACGGUGUACGAGUCCCUAGAGCAUGCAGGCAUCUCCAUCGGGCAGCUGCGCGGUUCCAACACUGCUGUCUAUGUCGGAUUGAUGUGUGGUGACUACGAAACACUACUUCUACGCGACCUGGAUCAAAUUCCACAAUAUCAUGCGACAGGUAUUGCCCGCAGCCUGAUCUCUAACCGAAUCUCAUACUUUUUCGACUGGCACGGCCCAUCUAUGACCAUCGACACGGCCUGCUCGUCGAGCCUUGUGGCUGUCCAUCAGGCAGUGCAGGUAUUGCGAAGUGGUUCCUCUCGCGUGGCUGUUGCGGCCGGUUCAAACUUGAUCUUGGGCCCAGAGAAUUAUAUCAGCGAGAGCAAACUGAACAUGCUGUCGCCUGAUGGAAGAUCCCGGAUGUGGGAUGCGAAAGCCAAUGGUUACGCGCGUGGAGAAGGCAUUGCAUCUGUUGUAUUGAAGACGCUCAGCGCCGCGUUGGAGGAUGGCGACGAGAUCGAAUGUAUUAUUCGCGAGACUGGCGUCAACCAGGAUGGCCAGACUAAUGGUAUUACCCUACCCAGUGCCACGGCGCAGAUUGACCUGAUCCGUGACACCUAUAAGAGGGCUGGGAUAGAUCCAUUGGACCCUGGAGGCCGCUGUCAAUUCUUUGAAGCCCACGGCACCGGAACUCCGGCCGGUGAUCCCCUGGAGGCUCGGGCGGUCAGUACCGCCUUCUUCCCACACGCCCAACCCGGAGAGCAUGAGCAAGAACUUUUUGUUGGAUCCAUCAAAACAGUAAUCGGUCACACGGAAGGCACUGCAGGACUUGCUGGAUUGUUAAAAGCGUCUUUGGCAGUCCAGCACGGUAUUAUUCCUGCAAACUUGCUCUUUGACGAACUCAGCGCCACCGUGGCGCCGUUUUAUGGUAAUCUGCGCAUUGCAACCCAGGCAACUCCUUGGCCUACCCUCGCAAAGGAUGUACCUCGUCGAGCUAGUGUCAACAGCUUUGGUUUCGGCGGUACCAACGCCCAUGCAAUCAUCGAAAAUUAUGUACCUCCCCAUUCAUCCAAGAAGGCUGAUUCCAGCUCGGCUGUUAUUCCGUUUGUUUUCUCUGGAAGUUCCGAAGCCUCUCUCUUGAAUAUUUUGGAUUUCUACACAUCGUUUCUUCAAGAUACUCCAACCGUCAACCUGCAGGACUUAUCCUGGUCUCUCCAUGCACGAAGAACUGAGCUUCCCUUUAAGACUGCGAUUUCAGCCAGAGAUACCGAUAGUCUGAAAAAGAAGUUACAGGAAACGAUAAAAAGGGGUCGUGCAAGUACAGAAGCAACAGUCGGUGUUCGCACUGCUGGACCAUCCUCUGAUGGGCGGCGUAUUUUGGGAGUAUUCACAGGCCAGGGCGCUCAAUGGCCCGGGAUGGGAAAGCAUCUUAUUGAACUGUCAAGCUUCUGCAGAGACUUUAUUUCGACCCUUGAGAAUAGUCUGAACGACCUUCCUGAAUUUGAACGGCCUAAUUGGUCGCUGGUUGGCGAAAUGUUGGCCCCUGACGAAAGUAGCCGAGUCCGCGAAGCAUUUAUCUCGCAGCCCUUGUGCACAGCAGUGCAAUUACUUUUAGUGCAACUCCUUCGCAGCGCGGGUGUUUGGUUUACAGCCGUUGUCGGACACUCAUCCGGUGAGAUCACUGCAGCCUAUGCUGCAGGAUUCAUCUCAGCGACAGAUGCCAUUCGCAUUGCCUAUUUCCGUGGACUUCAUGCUUCCAAAGCACAAGGCGCAAAUGGGGAAAAAGGUGCCAUGCUUGCCGUCGGUACCUCGAUGGAGGAUGCUCAAGAGCUGUGUGACCUGCCAGACUUCCAAGGCCAGAUCAAGGUCGCUGCUUGUAACUCUUCCUCUAGCGUCACACUCUCCGGUAACGAAGAGACGGUGGCUCAGGUGCAAGCAGUAUUAGAAGAUGAGCAGAAAUUUGUCCGGCGAUUGGUGGUAGACAAGGCCUAUCACUCACACCAUAUGGAGCCUUGUUCGGCAGCGUACCUUGAAUCUAUGGAACGCUGCAAGAUUACUAUUCACGAUCAAGUGGAGAAUUCUUGCUCAUGGUAUUCCAGUGUGUAUCCUGGACAAAAAAUGCAGCCUAGCACUGAGCUGGGGACCAGUUACUGGGUUGAUAAUAUGGUGCGACCCGUUCUAUUUUCGCAAGCCAUCGAAUCGGCAAUCUCAGUGACUGAAAAAUUCGACAUCGCAGUGGAAGUAGGACCUCAUGCUGCUCUGAAGGGACCUGCAUCUCAGACUAUUGUAGAAUCUGGACUACAGAUCCCCUAUACUGGGACACUGCGGCGCGGACAAAACGACAUCGAGGCCAUGGCGGAUGCUCUUGGUCAAUUGUGGAUCUCUGUCCCUGAUGUUAUAGAUCUAAAAUCUUACGAAGUGCGCCUACGAGGCGAACUUGCUCCUCAGCUCGUGAAAGGAUUGCCAAGUUACCCUUGGGCACAUGAUCGUUCCUACUGGAAAGAGUCACGGAUCUCUAGAGUGCUCCGAACACGGAAGCGGGUCGAACACGAGCUGCUCGGCCGUCAGAGUGUUCAUGGAACCACACGUCAAAUCCAAUGGCGCAAUAUACUUCGAGCCGUGGACGUUCCAUGGAUAAGUGAGCAUCAGCUUCAGGGUCAGUCUGUGUUCCCUGCAGCCGGAUUCAUUGUCCUUGCAAUUGAGGCAGCUCGAGCCAUCACCGAGGGGAAACCCAUUCAGUUGAUUGAAGUGCAGGAUUUCAUAAUCCGGCAGGCUCUGACCUUUGCUACUGAUAAUGCCGAAGUCGAGGCUUUGUUCUCCUUGAUCGAUGUCCAACAAAAUGAACAUCAAAUCGACGCUUCAUGGGAAUAUCAUGCCGCCUGGGGUAAUGACCGCGAGGACAUGGUGCUAAUGGCCCAAGGCCGAAUCACUGUGACAUUAGGAGAGAGUCAUGGUGCAAUCCUUCCACCAAAGCCAGGUGAUGUUCCCAACCUCAACGUUGUCGAUUCAGACCGUUUCUAUUCCACUAUGGCCGAUAUUGGAUAUGGAUACUCCGGACCUUUCCGAGCUCUCUCCUCACUGCGACGCAGUUUGGGAGCUGCCCGUGGAAAUGUGGCGAACGCCCAGACUGGGGAGCACAAAGGCCCGUAUCUGGUGCAUCCCGCAUCCCUUGAUGCUGCAUUCCAAUCUAUCAUUCUGUCCUUCUGUCUCCCCGAUGAUGGUCGCCUUUGGUCCCUCCACGUGCCUCUCCGCAUGGACAGAUUGAGAAUUGAUCCGCUUCUGUUUGCUAUCCAAUCACCGAAUAACCCACAAAUCGAAUUCGCAUCUGCCAUCACUGAUAAUGAGGAUUCUACAAUCAUCGGCGAUGUUGAUCUCUCGUUUGCUGGGACUGAAAACGUUGCCCUCCAGGUUGAAGGACUACGGUGUGUGCCAUUUUCUCCAGUCACUCCAGCAGACGAUACUCCGAUGUUCACUACUAUCGAGUGGGUGGGGGCAAAUCCUAAUGCAGAAAUUGUCACAUUUGAUGGCCAGCCAACAGAGGGGGAACUAGAAAUUGCGAAAAUUGCGGAGCGGCUGUCGCUGUACUAUAUCCGUCUCUGGAAUGAAGAAAUCCCCGUCACCCACCCCGCUCGAACGGAGGGCCCAUACAAGGGCAUGUUCAAUUUUGGAACCACCGUUCUGUCUCGUGUCCGUGCAGGAGAGCAUCCAUACGCCAAAAAGGAGUGGUUGAAUGAUACACUGGAGGUCGUCUCAACACUCAGUGCAAAAUAUUCCGACAGCCUGGAUCUACAGAUGAUUCAUGCUACCGGGCAAAAUUUUGCCGCAGCGAUUCGGGGUGAAACCACGAUCCUAAACCACCUGAAGAAAGACAAUUUAUUGGAUCGAUACUACGAGGAGGGACUUGCCUUUCCGACUUACACUAAGUACCUCGCUCGAGUCGUGGCUCAAGUAGCUCAUGCGUAUCCGCACUUGAAUAUUCUUGAAAUUGGUGCUGGUACUGGCGGUGCAACCAAGGGCAUCCUGAAGCAGAUCGCUGGUAAAUUCGAUUCAUAUACAUUCACCGACAUUUCGUCCGGAUUCUUUGAUACAGCCAAAGAACGAUUCACUGGUCAUGCAGAGAAGAUGGUGUUCAAGGUCCUGGAUAUCGAAACCGACCCAAUUCAGCAAGGAUACAAGGCACAGACUUAUGACUUGGUUGUUGCGUCCUUUGUUCUUCAUGCGACAGUCAACCUCGAAAAGACAAUGAAUAAUGCUCGUCGUCUUCUGAAACCAGGUGGAUACCUGCUACUUCUGGAAAUGACCAGCAACGACCCCAUCCGUACGGGUGCCAUUUUUGGCACCCUUCCUGGUUGGUGGCUUGGGAUGGGUGACGGUCGUAUUCUGUCCCCUUGCAUCACAGCCGCGGAAUGGGAUUCGCUGCUGUGGCAAACAGGAUUUGCUGGAAUUGACACCUUAACUCCUGAUCUUGAUCCUCUCCCAUUCCCUUGUUCGCUGAUUGUCGCCCAGGCUGUGGAUGAUCGGGUGAGCUUCCUUCGUCAACCACUGGCCACGCCAGCCGCUCUGCUCCCAGCCGGUCUCCCAAUCCCAGAGCUUAUUGUUGUCGGUGGCCAGUCAACCAAGGCAUCUCGUCUUGUGGGCGAGCUUCGGAUGCUACUGCGUCACUACUGUGACAAAGUGACAUGGUUCAAGGAUGUCUCAAACAUCAACAGUAAUUCUAUCUCACCGUCGAGCGUCGUCCUAUCUGUGACCGACUUUGACGGUCCUGUGUUUAAAUCACUCACACCAGAGACCUUUGAAGGUCUCAAGGCGCUGUUUGGCGAGGCCGGCAGGGUCCUUUGGAUUACCAACAAUUCCCGAUUUGAGCCAUGGACCAAUAUGCUUGUUGGGUUUGGACGGACCCAGCUCUGGGAGAAUCCGCGGCUGACGCUGCAGUUGAUUGAUGUCCCCACUCUAAAGGAGUGCACUAGUCAAUUCCUUGUCGAGAAUCUCCUUCGCUUUGCUGUCAUCAGUCUAUGGUCUGAGAUGGAAAGCAAUACUGAUGUCUUCUGGCCUUUGGAACCUGAAGUGGUCUUUGAAAAUGGAACGAAACUAGUACCACGUGCUGUUUUAGAUCAGAGCCGGAAUGACCGGUAUAAUGCAUCCAGACGGGAGAUUCAUAAUAUUGUUGACGUGCGCAAGCAGCCUGUCAUCAUAGGGAAAUCAGGAAUUGACUCCUCGAACGUUCUUCGAGAAGCACAUCUGCCCACUUCCCGGGAAGCAACAGAGGAAAUCACGGUUGAAGUUACUCAUUCAACAUUACGUCCCUUCAAGAUUAAUUACACGACUUACCAUCUUGUACUGGGCAGCACUUCUGACACUUCUCGCUCGGUUGUUGGGUUGGCGACCAUCAACGGCUCCACUUCAAGACUUGAGGAAGGGCUUUAUCUUCCUUGUGAUAUCCCUGCAGGAAGCGAAAGCACCCUGCUCUCGAUUUUAGAAAGCCAUCUCAUCGCUUUAAGUGUCUUGUCAAGCCAAAUUCCAGGGGAAAAUCUAGUGGUGCAUGAGGCGACCCCCAUGUUGGCAGAAGUGCUCUCUCGCUAUGCAACUGCUGGCGGAAAGUCGGUGGUAUACACAUCACGGAGUCGUCAGGAACACCCAGACAUCCGAUUUAUCCAUAAUCUCUUGUCUACCCGUGAAAUCACGGAGCGGCUUCCGAAGGGUCCUUCGCUUUUGAUAAACUUGACAGAAGGGUCCCCAUUAUUCCCCUCCAUGCCACAGAAUUACCGAUACGAAGACCUACCCUCAAUUAUCCAGAAGGGCAUCUUUUUGCCAAACCUACUACUAAGCCAGGUGGUCAGCAUACGUGAUAUACUGUCUGCUGCCAUCACGGAAUCCAAAGACGGCGCAUACACUACAGAGGGACUGGAAGUCAUUUCCCCGGCAGAUGUGCGAUUGCGCAACCCUAACCAACUUUCAGCAGUCAUUGAUUGGACUUGCACAAAUACAGUGGCGGUUACUGUUGAUCCUAUAGACACCCUCAUACAAUUUGACGCUGACAAGACUUAUUGGCUUUGUGGUCUUUCUGGAUCUCUCGGUGUCUCUUUGUGUGAUUGGAUGAUUCGACGAGGCGCAAAGUACAUCGUCUUGUCCAGCAGACGACCCCAGAUUAGCGAUGAGUGGCUUCAAAGUACAAAGGAACUGGGAGCAACAGUCAAAGUGAUUCACUGUGAUGUCACGAGCCGGAUGGACGUUGAAGGAGUUUACAAUACUAUAAAAGACAGUCUCCCUCCAAUUGCUGGCGUUACCCAGGGGGCCAUGGUUUUGGAAGAUACCACCACUAGGGAGAUGUCCUUUGAAACAUUCAUGAAGGUCGUUCGGCCAAAGGUAGAGGGCGCGAUUAACUUGCAGGCUGUGCUCUCAAAUGUGGACCUUGAUUUCUUCGUCUGCUUCUCCUCAACGACUGGAGUCAUAGGGAACUUCGGCCAAUCCAACUAUACUGCAGCCAACGAAUUCUUGGCUAGUCUGGCUGCUCAGCGCCACGAAGCCGGCUUGGCCGCCUCCGUUAUUAAUAUUGGUCCAGUCCUAGGCGUGGGCUACGUCGCCCGAGAGGCAAGCCAGGCCGUACAGGAUGAUCUUCGCCGCAGUGGCUUUAUGUUUGUAUCGGAGAGAGACGUCCAUCAACAAUUUGCAGAGGCUGUGCUGUCUGGCCGCGCCGGCUCGGGAGAAUGUGUCGAGGUUACCACGGGUCUUCGGCCGGUGAAUGGGGAAGCAACACAUAAGCCUAUUUGGUUUGACAAUCCCAAAUUCGGUCACCUGGUGACCCAAGAAUCCUCAUCAACCGUAACCACGGAUGGUACCAAGUCCGAAUUGUCUGUCAAGGGACGCCUGGCAAAAGCUGUCGGAAUUGAAGAGGCCCGCUCCAUUAUUCUGGAGAGCUUGGUACAGAAACUUGAGACUUUGCUCCAGCUGGAGGUAACCGAGUCUGAGGGGGUCGAAGCAGUUGCGUCUCUGCGCACCAAUGAAAUCGGCGUCGAUUCUCUCGUUGCAGUCGAAAUUCGCUCAUGGCUGCUAAAAAAUCUUCAAGUCAACGUUCCAGUCUUGAAGAUCCUCAGUGGGAUCGCGAUUGGCGAUAUCGUGAGCCAUACGCUUCAAGAGCUCCCGGCGGAGCUGGUCCCGGGCGUGAUGAACUCUUCCCCAGCAGAAAGUACGCCCGGUGAAGCUUCUGAUACACAAGGCUAUUCCACGCCAGAAUCCAAUCCUGCAGCCGAGACUCCCUCUGUACGUGCCGAAUCCUCCUCCGUUUCCUCCGCUAUAACAUCCCCCGAGCCCGAAUUGGCAGCAAUAAUCGUCAACAAGCCACAAAUUGUAAGGGAAGAACCUCUUUCCUUUUCCCAAUCUAUGUUUUGGUUUGUCAAAAAUUAUAUCCAUGAUCCGACCACUUUGAACCACACUGGAGUCUUUCAUCUGAGCGGCGACUUACGAGUUCAUGAUGUAGAACGAGCAGUUGCGAUUGUCACACAACGCCACGAAUCUUUGAGGGCCUGCUUUUACACAAAUUCGAGCCAAGACAUUGUCCAAGGAGUUAUGGAAACCUCAAUUAUUGGGCUUGAAAAGAAACGCAUUAAUCAGGUAUCUGACAUGUGGGAGGAGUUUGAACGCCUGAAGGCCCACGUUUAUCAAAUUGAGGACGGCGAAACCAUGCGUCUGUUGUUGCUUUUCAAUCCCGCGACCAAGGAUAACUAUUUAAUAAUUGGAUGUCAUCACAUCAGUUUCGACGGUGUCAGCCAGCAAGUCUUGAUGUUGGAUUUAGAGAAAGCAUACAAUGGCCAAAGAUUGGGACCAGAGCCUCUUCAAUUCCCUAAUUAUGCAAAGAGUCAACUGCAAGACCAAGAUUCCAACAAAUGGUCAGAUCAGAUUGCGUUUUGGAAGCAAGCAUUCCCAGAGAGUCCUCCAGUCCUCCCAUUACUUCCCCUGACCGAGAUCACAACGAGACCGCCGAUGGACAAUUACAACGUUCAUGCAGUCUCAGUACGUCUCGACUUAUCUUUUUGUAAAACGAUUCAAUCUGUUUGCCGCAAAUACAGUUCGACGCCAUUCCAUUUCUACAUGUCUGCAUUCACAGUCCUCCUUCAUCGCUACGCAGGGUCAGACAGCAUCUGCCUUGGAAUUGCGGACGCAAACAGAAAUGACCCUGGCGCAAUGGAGAGCAUCGGUCCAUUCCUCAAUUUGCUUCCAUUGAUUUUCCACCUCAAGCCUCAGCAAAAGUUUUAUCAACUACUGAAAGACACACGCAGUAAAGCAUAUUCGGCAUUAGCAAACGGGGCUGUGCCAUUCGAGAUUGUGCUUCGAGAACUUAGUGUUCUAAGAGAUGCAACUUACAGCCCACUAUUCCAAGCCUUCGUUGACUAUCGCCAGGGGGCUCGUGAAAAACAGACGUUUGGCAAUUGUCAGAUGGAGUUGUUGCGCUUUGAACCCGGGAAAGCUGCAUAUGACAUAAGCUUGGAUAUAAUUGACAAUCCUGGUGGUGACUGCCUCCUAACGCUCUACAUCCGAGAGGAUUUGUAUAGCCACCACGCGGCUGAGGUCUUGACCAACAGCUAUGUCGAACUUCUGAAGGCCUUCGCCAACCAACCAGAUGCCAGUUUAAACCAGCCCAAGCUCUUUAAUGAAGUGAACAUUGCAAGGGCCAUUGAAAUUGGAACUGGCCCGACUAUCCCUUCCAAUUGGAGCUCAACCCUGCCGCAUCGUGUAUGGGAGAUCAUUGAAAAUUCUCCGGGGGAGAUUUCCAUGAAGGAUGGGCAAGACAAAGUGCUAACUUAUGAUGAUAUGGGAAAACGAGUGAUUUCGAUUGUUGCUGCGCUCCUGGCUGCGGGAAUUGAUAGUGGACAGCAGGUUGCUGUAUAUCACGAGCCCACUGUUGACACGGUGUGCUGCUUACUCGCUGUAAUCCACAUUGGAGCGAUUUAUGUUCCCCUUGAUCGCAGUAUUCCGACCUCUCGACUAGCUGCCAUCGUCUCCAAUCUCGAUCUGAAAGCCAUUAUGGUCGACAGCAAAUCCUUUGAGGAUGUCUCUAGUUUCAAUACACACGACGUGCUUGUUGUCAACACCUCGCAAGUCACUUCAGCCAAGAGUACCUGGUUUCCAAUUGCAGCAUCGCCUGAUUCCGUCGCAGCAAUUCUUCACACAAGUGGUUCAACGGGAGUCCCCAAGGGAAUCAUGCUUACGCAUCGCAAUCUUUUGAAUGAGGUCGAGUGCUCCUCACAGGUGUAUGGAUUUGAACGAGAAACUGUUUUACUGCACAGCUCACUAGGCUUUGACAUGUCGUUGACACAGGUUUUCACCGCCGUUGCCUAUGGGGGUACACUAGUCAUAGCACCACGCGAGUACCGAGGCGACGCACUCGCUUUAACUCAGCUGCUCAUUGACGAGAAUAUCUCUUUCACGGGUGCCACACCGUCAGAAUAUCUGAGCUGGCUCAGCCACGGAAACAUCUCUCGCCUGCGAACUUCCAAGUGGAACAUCGCUCUCGCGGGUGGCGAACAAGUUACGGAAUCUCUGUUGAAGCAAUUUGGUGCCCUGAAUCGACCAGAUCUACGAUUUUUCAAUGCCUACGGGCCAAGUGAAGUGACUUGUUCCUCUAACAAGAUGCGGGUGCUCUACUCACCAAGCGAUAUCGCGGGGCUGAGUGGAAGUCGAAUUGCGGCUGGUCCACCUAAGCCAAACUCCACAGUUUAUAUUCUCGAUGACGAUCUUCAGCCACUUCCCGUGGGGAUGUCGGGACAAAUUGCAGUCAGCGGAGCCGGUGUCUCAGCUGGGUACCUCAACGAUGAUAAAUUGACACGCGAGAAGUUUGUACUCAAUACAAUCAAUUCAGACGGCAACCCCUUAAGUCGCAUGUAUCUCACUGGUGAUGUUGGAAGAUGGCGACAAGACGGAACUCUACUUGUUGAAGGCCGAAUUUCUGGCGACACUCAAAUCAAAUUGCGCGGUCUGCGGAUUGAUCUCCAAGAUAUUGAACAAGCAAUCCUGGAUGUUUCGACGGGUGUUUUGACAAAUGCGGCCGUUUCUUUGCGUAAAGCCGAUGACUCUGAGGUAGACUUUCUUGUUGCCUACGUCGUGUUCUCAAAUGCUUUCCCAGAUGAGAAACGAGACGAAUUCUUGAGUAAGCUUCCGUUAAUGCUUCCAUUGCCCCAAUAUAUGUGGCCCGCAGCGGUGAUCGCCAUGGAAAAGCUACCUAUGAAUUCGUCGAUGAAGAUGGACCGGAGAUCUCUCAACACUAUCCCUUUGUCAGCAAACAACUGGCCUCAUCAAGCAGUAGACCAGGGGAAACUUACGGCAACAGAACGGAAGUUGCAUGAGACCUGGAAAAAAGUGAUACCGAAAGAUAUUACUCGACAGACUAUCUCGAGUGACACAGAUUUCUUCCUUGUGGGAGGCUCUUCUCUAUUGCUCCUGCACCUACAGGCAAGAAUUGGGGAUGAUUUUGGGACUAUUUUGCCUUUGAUUCAAUUGUUCCAAGCCAGCACGUUGCGCCUUAUGGCUGCAAAAAUUGAUUUCAAUCACUCACUAAAAGUACUUGAGAACAUCGACUGGGAGCGUGAAUCUGACCCAAAUCCAGACAUCCUGACCCAGUUCUCUUCUGCGAAUUCCUCAGUGACAUACCCAGCUAAAGCAGUGGUACUAACUGGGGCCACUGGUUACGUUGGAACCGGUUUGCUGCAGGCUUUGCAAGAUGACACUAACAUUACCACGAUCUAUUGCAUCGCUGUUAGAGGCGGUAAAGACCGGAAUUUGGCGAAGAUUUAUAGCAAAGUUAUCGUUUUCGAAGGAGAUCUCACCCACCCGAAGUUGGGGCUCUCUGACGCGGAGGCUGAAACAAUUUUCAGCACAGCGGACGCGAUCAUACACAAUGGGGCCGAUGUUUCUCACCUCAAGUCCUACCGCAGUCUCAAAGCUGCAAAUUUCGAGGCCACUUCCAAGCUCGUCGAAUUGGCCUUGGGCCGUCACAUACCAUUCCAUUUUGUCUCCACUGCCGGGGUAACUUUCUUUUCCCAGCGGGCCGUCUUUGGGGAGGAGUCCGUAUCUUCUUACCUGCCGCCUACGGAUGGGCUUGAUGGGUACACAUCUUCCAAAUGGGCCAGUGAACGAUAUCUUGAAAAGAUUCAUGAUAGGUCCGGGCUCCCCAUUACCAUUUAUCGGCCAAGCAGCAUCUCUCAUGAGAAUGCUACGGAAACUCUCGAGCUGAUGCCGAACCUUCUCCGCCUCUCCCGAAUGUUGCAGGCAGUGCCAGUCUCACCUCAACUCCGUGGUACUUUGAAUGUCGUUUCACUGGAAACAGUCGUGGAGGGGAUCAUGGGUGGACUUCAUCUGACCCUAUUGGCUUCGAAAUCGCAACUCAAAUAUACCAAUCUGAUUGGGGAUUCUGACAUUCCUUUCUCGGAUUUAAAGGAAUAUAUUGAGAAGGAGACUGGUGUUGUGGCCCAGGUUCUCUCCCCUGCCGAAUGGGCCAAGAAAGCAGAAAAACUGGGUCUUCCAGCUGUGGUCGGAGCAUUUUUUGCAAAUCUUGAGAAUAGCGAUCCCGUUGUUUUCCCCCGGCUUACACAUGGGCUCUGA